UUAGUUAUCCUUUUAUAAUUUUAACAAACUAACAACGUUCAUGCAUUGGGAGCGAUUCAUUGCGAAGGGGAAAAGCUAAGAAAAAUUUAGCCCACACAAAUGGGUGUAUAUCGAUUAAAUUCCCCUUGGAUUCUCAUUUUUCAAUAAAAGUCCGGUUCAGAAAUGUCCAAAUGCAGCAAUUGCAGAGCUGCUUCUGCUGUCUCUGAAACUGUGUAAUCUGAAGAUUCUUGAAUUAGUUGUAUAAUGGUUCCAUGUCUCUCAUAUACCCAUGACGUUUUUCCGAGCAAGAAUUUUUCCCUGACCCCAAGAGGGAACAUACGAGCGAAGAAGGCUCUCUUCUUACUUCAAAACUGCAAGAAUUUCAAACACCUCAGGCAAAUCCAUGCCAAAAUCAUUCGUAGUGGCCUUUCUAACGAUCAAUUACUUACUAGGAAACUCAUUCAUCUCUACUCUACUCAUGGAAGAAUAGCAUAUGCGAUUUUUCUAUUUUAUCAAAUCCAAAACCCUUGUACGUUUACUUGGAAUCUGAUAAUCAGGGCCAACACUAUCAAUGGUCUCUCUGAACAAGCUCUCAUGUUGUAUAAGAACAUGGUAUGUCAAGGAAUUGCAGCCGAUAAGUUUACAUUUCCAUUUGUCAUCAAAGCUUGUACAAAUUUCUUAUCCAUUGACCUAGGAAAAGUAGUUCAUGGGUCUUCAAUCAAAUACGGUUUUUCAGGGGAUGCAUUCGUGCAGAACAAUCUGAUAGAUUUUUACUUUAAGUGUGGACAUAAACAUUGUGCUUUGAAGGUGUUUGAGAAAAUGCGUGUUUGCAAUGUGGUUUCAUGGACAACCGUGAUAUCUGGGCUCAUCUCUUGCGGUGAUUUACUGGAAGCAAGAAGGAUAUUUGAUGAGAUGCCAUCUAAAAAUGUUGUUUCAUGGACAGCAAUGAUAAAUGGGUAUAUUAGAAAUCAACAACCUGAAGAAGCUCUUGAACUGUUUAAGAGAAUGCAGGCUGAGAAUAUUUUCCCAAACGAGUAUACAAUGGUAAGCUUGAUCAAAGCAUGUACAGAAAUGGGAAUCUUAAGUCUUGGUCGAGGGAUUCACGACUAUACAAUCAAGAACUGUUUUGAAAUUGGUGUUUAUCUCGGCACGGCCCUGAUUGACAUGUACAGCAAAUGUGGUAGUAUAAAGGAUGCAAUAGAAGUUUUUGAGACGAUGCCUAGAAGAAGUUUGCCGACUUGGAACUCGAUGAUCACCAGCUUAGGAGUACAUGGGUUGGGGCAGCAAGCUCUCAAUAUUUUCAGUGAAAUGGAAAGGGUAAAUGUGGAGCCAGAUGCAAUCACUUUCGUAGGCGUUUUAUGCGCUUGUGUACAUAUGAAGAAUGUCAAGGAAGGGUGUGCUUACUUCAAACGAAUGACACAACAUUAUGGUAUUGCACCAAUUCCUGAGCAUUACGAGUGCAUGACUGAGCUAUAUGCUCGUUCUAAUAACUUGGAUAAAGCCUUCAAAUCAACAAAAGCGAUAUCGGUAGAACCCGAUUAGGAUUCCUUGGCUUUUCUGUUGAAUAAUGAGUAAAGAAAUAUCCAAAUGCAGGAAGUGGGAAGUUUGGCCAAAGCCCUUCUCUUUGCUUUGAUGCCAGAGCCAAGCAGGUGCGGUAUUUUCUGUUGAUUAUGUGAGCUUACUACUUGCUUUUCAUGCUCUUGCAUGGUAUACGACAAACAUUAAUUGUUAUUGAUUUUCAUUGCAAUAGAUAUACCCUGUUGAUUUCAAUGAAUUUGAAAUUGUUGAUAGCAAAA